AGGACAAUAGCACAACAAGCUCUCUCAGUUCUCUUUGCUGGAAUAUGAUUGUCCUUCUCUAAGUUUGGGUAAAUUAUCAAACCUUAGGAGGAAAAAAGAGAGACCAUUUGAUGGGCUGCGCUUGCGUGAAGCGGCUGGUUGGAUAUGAAGACACAGCCAUUCUUGCUGCUCAAACCUGCUUUAAAGAAACUGAAGUUAAAGCUUUAUAUAAGCUGUUCAGGAAACUAAGCAGUUCUCUAGUCGAUGAUGGCUAUAUAAGCAAGGAAGAGUUUCAGCUGGGCUUAUUCAGAAACAGCAACGAGCAAAGUCUCUUUGCAGACAGGAUCUUCCAGCUCUUUGACACCAACCAUGAUGGGUUUCUGGAUUUUGGAGAGUUCAUUCGAUCUCUGAGCGUCUUUCACCCAGACGCUCCUCACUCAGAAAAAGUUGCUUUUGCAUUUCAAUUGUAUGAUAUAGGGCAAUCUGGCUUCAUCGAACCUGAGGAGGUCAAGGAGAUGAUUUGGGCUCUUCUAGAUGAGUCUGACUUGAUUCUUUCUGAUGAUGAUGUCGAAGUCAUUAUUGAUAAGACAUUUGAAGAUGCAGAUUCAAAAAGAGAUGGAAAGAUUGAUCUGGAAGAGUGGAAGGAAUUCGUAGCUCGCAAUCCAACUAUGCUGAAAAAUAUGACUGUCCCAUAUUUGAAGGAUGAAAGAAUUAAUGAAACAUCAACAUUCUGUGGCAUUCAGGAAGCUGUACAUUGGCCAUUGUUCUAUUAGCUUGAUACAGAGCUUUUUACUUUUUUGAGCCCCCUAACCAAAAACAAGUACUUCAGUGGAGGAGCCAGAUUCAGCCGUUCAUUAACAAAAAUGUAUACUUACAUCCAUAAACAAAGAUAUCUAGCUUUAGAAUUUCUAUUAUACAGUACUAGUUCUAUGAUCACAGCAGAUGAGAGUUAAUUGACUAUAAAUGGGAAUUUAUG